CGAGCUUCUCUAUUUUCAUUUCAAGUCGGAAAUUCAUCGGCGAAUCAUCAUGAAAUAUUUUUUAAUAUUUUUCUGUGUCGUCGGUCUCACCGCAGCUCUCAAUCCCGACGAAGCUGAAGCACCCGAAGUCGUUCCAGAUGUCUCGGAACAACCAAUUCUCUUGUCAGAUGUGGUCGAAUCCGGAAAUCUCGUCAUCCGACGUCGCAACGAGAACUGCAAGUUCGUCUAUAAGCCCGUUUAUCCCGUUUUUUGUCAUCCCAUGGCGCCACGUGACGAGGAAGGAAAGUGCCGGAAAAUUGUGUCGCUCCAAUUAGUGGGAUGUGGCGAAGAAACGACCCCAAAAACGGCAGAUGAGAGCACCGAAAGUGAGGAAAACGAGAUAAGGAACGACCAAAAAUAACAAAAGUGUGAACAGAACAUGAAAGAAGGGAACAGGUGAAAGUUUUUUCGUUAUCGAAAUUUGAUCAAAAUACGCACAACAAGUGUCUUUUUUCAAACAAACGACAACUUGUUCGACAAGUUCAUUAAAAUUUUUCGACAUUUUGUGUCUGAAAAGACA